AUAUUGAUAUUGAAUUUUUUAGUGUAGAAGAAGCAAAAUGUAACUUAGAAAACCAAAAAAUUCCAGUGUCUCCUCCUCUCCAAUUAUGUCUGUACACCAAAUUAAUUCCAGUUUUUAGUGACUGGAAUUCACAAUCCCCCAUUUUUAUCAUCCGACAAAAAGAGAGAGAAGAAUCUGACUUAGGAGAGAGAAAGUGAAAAACCGUGUGAGUGGGAGUCGUUAGAGCGAAUUCUGCACUCUCGUUCAAGAUUUCGAUCAAAUUCCCUAAUUUCAUACGGCAGAAAUACCCAGUUGAUAAAAAGGAUUCAGGGUGUGUAAUCCUGGAAAACCCAUAUCUUGGAUUUUCAAAUUUACGUUCUUUUUCUUGGAAUUUUCAGCGUAAAAGACAUUGGAGGUUGUCUAGGAUUGACAUGCUGAAUGUUGCUUCCGGUGAGUGGGUUAGGGAUGAAUUCUACAAUGGAUGACAUGAGUCUGAUUCAGCAGAGGCAUCACUUGGUAGUUAGAGAACUUGGAGUUGGAGAAGAAAUUGACUUGGAAAUUGGUCCUGGAGAUGAUGAUCCAGCGUUUGCUAAUGCUGCUCUUAUAAGUGCUCCACGUGAGCCUUCAGUUGACGAGCAAGAUGAGACCAAGCAAAUACAAAUGAUGCCGUCUCUCCAAAAUGACAGUCAAGAGAUGUGUAAAGGUCAGCCAAUGAAAAAGAAGAAAAAGGUUGUGAAGCGAUGGAGAGAGGAGUGGGCUGAUACCUAUAAAUGGGCAUAUGUCGAUGUAAAGGAUGGAACUGCAAGGAUCUUCUGUUCAGUGUGUCGAGAGUAUGGGAGGAAGCAUAGGAGGAAUCCCUAUGGAAACGAAGGCAGUAGAAAUAUGCAGAUGAGUGCCUUAGAAGAGCAUAACAAUAGUUUGUUACAUAAAGAGGCUGUUAGGUUACAAAUGGCUUCCAAGGAUAAGAUUGUUGUUGAUAAACCUAUAUACGUAAAAGCUCUAAUGUCAAAAACAGCUGGAUCAAUUGUUGAAGCUGCAUUAAAAAGAGAUCCUCAUGAGAUGGAGUUUAUUCAGUCAGUGCAAGAAACAGUACAUUCCAUUGAAAGAGUUAUUGGAAAGAAUUCUCAUUAUGUUAAUAUUAUGGAACGUUUGCUUGAACCUGAACGUACGAUCAUAUUUCGAGUUCCAUGGGUUGAUGACCGGGGUGAGACACAUGUUAACCGAGGAUUUCGGGUGCAGUUUAAUCAGGCUUUAGGUCCAUGUAGGGGAGGAAUCCGUUUUCAUCCAUUGAUGAGCUUAAGUAUUGCCAAGUUUCUUGCUUUUGAGCAGACUCUAAAGAAUGCUUUAUCACCAUACAAACUGGGAGGAGCAGCUGGUGGAAGUGAUUUUGAUCCAAAAGGGAAAACCGAUAAUGAGAUCAUGCGCUUUUGCCAAAGCUUCAUUAAUGAACUGUACCGGUACUUAGGGCCUGAUCAGGAUCUUCCUUCAGAAGAAAUGGGUGUUGGUGCUCGGGAGAUGGGUUACCUUUUUGGGCAAUACAGGCGACUUGCUGGUCACUUUCAGGGAAGUUUUACAGGAUCGCGGGUUUUCUGGUCUGGAUCUAGCCUUCGGACCGAAGCUACUGGCUAUGGGCUGGUUUUCUUUGCCCACCUCAUUCUAGGAGACUCAAACAGAGAACUGAAGGGAUUAAGGUGUGUGGUAAGUGGCUCUGGAAAAAUUGCAUUCCAUGUCAUAGAAAAGCUUCUUGCUUAUGGCGCUAUACCUAUCACAGUAUCAGAUUCAAAGGGCUACUUGGUGGAUGAUGAUGGCUUUGAUUUUAUGAAGAUGCAGCUUUUAAGAGAUAUUAAAGCUCAACAAAGAAGCUUGAGUUGCGCUAACAGGGAUUAUUCUAAAACUUAUGCCCGUUCAAAGUAUUAUGAUGAAGCAAAACCUUGGACUGAGAGAUGUGAUGUUGCAUUUCCUUGUGCUACACAAAACGAAAUAGAUCAAUCUGAUGCCAUUAGUUUGGUCAAUUCUGGUUGUCAUCUACUAGUUGAAGGUUCCAUCAUGCCUUGUACCCCUGAAGCUGUUGAUGUAUUAAGGAAAGCCAAUGUUGUAGUUGCUCCAGCAAUGGCUGCUGGUGCAGGAGGGGUCGCUGCUGGAGAACUUGAAUUAAACCAUGAGUUCAAUCUAAUGCAAUGGUCCCCUGAAGACUUUGAAUCUAAGUUACAGGAUGCCAUGAAACAGACGUACCAGAGAGCUUUAAAAGCAGCGACUGACUUUGGAUAUGAAAAGGAAAGUCCUGAGGUUUUGGUGUAUGGAGCAGCCAUUGCUGCUUUUCUAACCGUUGCUCAAGGUAUGACUGACCAGGGAUGCGUGUAAAGGAAGAUAAGAACUGAGCUUCAGCUGCUUCCUGAUGAAUUUGCAGUUUGAACCAUAAUAGUGCGUAUUAUGGUAGUCUCUGCUUGCGCCUGUUGAUAAAUUGCUGGAGGGUUUAAAGGUUACUCUUCCACUCUCGAAGAAAGUGGAAGGACAUCAAGUAAUGACGAUGCAGCAAAUACUCCAGUACUAAAAUCCCAAAAUGUUGUAACAUACGUUUAACUGAUCAUUUUCGUGACUAUGAGCUUUAGGUAGAAUUAGGAUCUUGAAAAAUGAUCAGAUGGGUGAUGUUUCUCCCGUGAGUAUAGUAGAGAGCAUGCGUAUACAUCUGUUUACUUGAUGGGUAAAUGUGUACUUGUUGGGUAUUAGUUGCAUUAGUGCAGGAAAAAGAAACAUAUUGUAUGUAAUAUACUUGAAACAAAUCAAAGCUGAUGAAUGGAAAUUAGUUGAUCAUUUUUUCUCA